GUCCGUGAGUGGAAGCGACGGGCAUCCCACCGUCUCGCGCCCUUACCCGGCCUCCCCCGCGGUGGGCCCCGCAGACCGGCGCGGCCCCUUUAAGAGCCUCGCGGGUCGGCAGCCGGAGGUCGCGGUGUUCCCGGGGCGCCACGGGCCGCCCUCCACCUGCUCUCGGGCCGCGCUCCCCGCCAUGCAGGCGCUGCGGGCCAGCCUGACCCUGGCGCUGGGCGCGGGCCUGGGCGCGGCGGCCGAAAGCUGGCGGCGGCGGCGGGAGGACGCGCGGGUGGCGCCGGGGCUGCUGGGCCGGUUGCCCGUGUUGCCCGUGGCCGCGGCGGCCGAACUGCCCGCCGUGACCGCGAAGCCUGGGGCCCCGGCGGGCGCCGGCGAGCUGGCCAAGUACGGGCUGCCGGGGCUGGCGCAGCUCAAGAGCCGCGAGUCGUACGUGCUGUGCUACGACCCGCGCACCCGCGGCGCGCUCUGGGUGGUCGAGCAGCUGCGGCCCGAGCGGCUCCGCGGCGACGGCGACCGCCGCUCGUGCGACUUCCGCGAGGACGACUCCGUGCACGCGUACCACCGCGCCACCAACGCCGACUACCGCGGCAGUGGCUUCGACCGCGGCCACCUCGCUGCCGCCGCCAACCACCGCUGGAGCCAGAAGGCGGUGGAGGACACCUUCUACCUGAGUAACGUCGCGCCCCAGGUGCCCCAUCUCAACCAGAACGCCUGGAACAACCUGGAGAAGUACAGCCGCAGCCUGACUCGCACCUACCAAAAUGUCUAUGUAUGCACGGGGCCGCUCUUCCUGCCCAGGACGGAGGCUGACGGCAAGUCCUAUGUGAAGUACCAGGUCAUCGGCAAGAACCACGUGGCGGUGCCCACCCACUUCUUCAAGGUGCUGAUCCUGGAGGCAGCAGGCGGGCAAAUCGAACUCCGCUCCUAUGUGAUGCCCAACGCUCCUGUGGACGAGGCGGUCCCGCUGGAGCGCUUCCUGGUGCCCAUCGAGAGCAUCGAGCGGGCCUCGGGGCUGCUCUUUGUGCCAAAUAUUCUGGUGCGGGCAGGCAGCCUCAAGGCCAUCACUGCAGGCUCCAAGUGA